AUGUGGACAUGCAGGGAUAUAAAUUCAACGGCAAUCACAUGCCCUCCUGACUACGGCAGCUGCAUCGUCCCACAGACCAACUCAAGUGCUUUCUGCACUCAGUGUCCCUCCUUCUGCACCACGUGUGACAAUGCCGAAACCCUCCCCAUCACCAACACCCUCCCCGUCGCCAGUGCCAACACCCUCCCCAUCGCCAGUGCCAACACCAUCGCCAUUGCCAGUGCCAACACCCUCCCCAUCACCAGUGCCAACACCAUCGCCAUCGCCACUGCCAACACCCUCCCCAUCGCCACUGCCAACACCCUCCCCAUCGCCACUGCCAACACCCUCCCCAUCGCCACUGCCAACACCCUCCCCAUCGCCACUGCCAACACCCUCCCCAUCGCCACUGCCAACACCCUCCCCAUCGCCACUGCCAACACCCUCCCCAUCGCCACUGCCAACACCCUCCCCAUCGUCAGUGCCAAGCCCCUCCCCACCUCCUCCCACGUUAACUCCCAUGUCGCACGGCCUCACCUCCUCGUGUGCCUCUUCCACGGCAACGGCUCGCCUUCUUUUGAUGACCUACUGCAGCUGGGAAUGGUGAUGGCGUUGGCGUUGGUGCAGCGUGUCAAGCUGCAUGGGCUGAGCUGGUUCAGAGUCGACCCUCUCCCCUUCUCUCUUCCUUCCCCCCCUCUUUUCUCCCCGCACACAUCUGCUAGUCGCGAGGUACGGCAGCUGUGGCGAGUGGGCAGGGCUGGGUGGGUUGAACCACAUUCGCCCCCUCUUUCUCCCUCUUUCUCUUCCUCCUCCGCCACUCCACGGUUAAUCAACACAAGGAAGGGGCUGCUGUGGAGAGUCAAGGUGUCCCUUGAGUUGACUCAAGAGGACGCCAGGGAUGGCUGCUGUGGCGAGUGGGCCAGUGUCUUCACCCUCUGA